UUGAUUUGAUAUAUAGUUCCAUAUCUUUAAUGAAAAGAGAGAAACAAAGUGUUUUAUUAGCAAAUUUGCAUUUAUGAAUGUAAAAUUUAGCAAAGAGUAUUAGCAGGUUUAUUAUAAAGAAAUGUUUAGCAUCCUUUCUAUGGAAUCUAUAGAAACAAAAUAAAACAUUUUCCCAGCAUAAGGAAAAAUUCUGUAAAAUAUGGUCAUUAAUAAACCUGCUAAAUUCUGACCAGAACCUUUGUGUAAAAGAGCAGAGCCAAAAUAGAAACGCACUUUGUAGAGUGUAGUCAAAGACAGAAACAUGCCGAACAGAUUAGUGGAGCAAACGAUGUUUGAACGUCGCUGAACGCAGCUUUACAGAAGCAGUCGGAUUGGAGCAAAACCUGCUACAAAGUCCAGUAAGAACCUAAAGUGUAGCAUAUGUUUCUGAGAGGGAAUAAUCCUCCUCCUGUGUGUCUCUGCUGGUUUAGGCCUGACAGGAAACCCAGCCAAGAUGUGUGCAGCUAAAAACGAGGCCAUCGGCAUCGACCUGGGCACCACCUACUCCUGCGUGGGGGUUUUCCAGCACGGAAAAGUGGAAAUCAUCGCCAACGACCAGGGCAACAGGACCACCCCCAGCUACGUAGCCUUCACCGACACCGAGAGGCUGAUCGGGGACGCGGCCAAGAACCAGGUGGCCCUGAACCCCAGCAACACGGUGUUUGAUGCCAAGAGGCUGAUCGGCAGAARGUUUGAAGAGCCGGUGGUGCAGGCCGACAUGAAGCACUGGCCCUUCAAGGUGCUUUCAGAAGGAGGCAGACCCAAAAUUCAGGUGGAGUACAAAGGGGAGAACAGAGCCUUCUUCCCCGAGGAGAUCUCCUCCAUGGUCCUGGUGAAGAUGAAGGAGAUCGCCGAGGCCUACCUGGGCCACAAGGUCUCCAACGCCGUGGUCACGGUCCCCGCCUACUUCAACGACUCCCAGCGACAGGCCACCAAAGACGCAGGCGUCAUCGCGGGACUCAACGUCCUGAGGAUCAUCAACGAGCCCACGGCGGCCGCCAUCGCGUACGGUCUGGACAAAGGCAAGUCGGGAGAGAGAAACGUCCUGAUCUUUGACCUGGGCGGAGGCACCUUCGACGUGUCCGUCCUGACCAUCGAGGACGGCAUCUUUGAGGUGAAGGCCACGGCCGGAGACACUCACCUGGGAGGAGAGGACUUUGACAACCGCAUGGUCAACCACUUUGUGGAGGAAUUCAAGAGGAAACACAGGAAGGACGUCAGCCAGAGCAAGAGAGCCUUGAGGAGGCUGCGCACAGCUUGCGAGAGGGCCAAGAGGACCCUGUCCUCCAGCUCCCAGGCCAGCAUCGAGAUCGACUCUCUGUUCGAGGGCGUGGACCUGUACACCUCCAUCACCAGGGCUCGCUUUGAGGAGCUGUGCUCCGACCUGUUCAGGGGAACCUUGGAGCCCGUGGAGAAGGCCCUGAGGGACGCCAAGAUGGACAAGGGCCAGAUCCACGACGUGGUCCUGGUGGGAGGCUCCACUCGAAUCCCCAAGAUCCAGAAGCUGCUGCAGGACUUCUUCAACGGCAGGGAGCUGAACAAGAGCAUCAACCCGGACGAGGCGGUGGCUUACGGCGCCGCCGUCCAGGCCGCCAUCCUGACGGGCGACACGUCGGCGAACGUCCAGGACCUGCUGCUGCUGGACGUGGCUCCUCUGUCCCUGGGGAUCGAGACGGCCGGAGGAGUGAUGACGGCCCUGAUCAAACGCAACACCACCGUCCCCACCAAGCAGACCCAGGUGUUCAGCACCUACUCCGACAACCAGCCCGGGGUCCUGAUCCAGGUCUACGAAGGGGAGAGAGCCAUGACCAAGGACAACAAUCUGCUGGGCAGGUUUGAGCUGACGGGAAUCCCGCCCGCUCCACGAGGGGUCCCGCAGAUCGAGGUCACCUUCGACGUGGACGCCAACGGCAUCCUGAACGUGUCCGCGGUGGACAAAAGCACCGGCAAAGAGAACAAGAUCACCAUCACCAACGACAAGGGCCGACUGAGCAAAGAGGAGAUCGAGAGGAUGGUGCGGGACGCCGAGAAGUACAAAGCCGAGGACGAGCUGCAGAGGGACAAGAUGGCUGCCAAGAACUCCCUGGAGUCCUACGCUUUCGCCAUGAAGAGCAGCGUGGAGGACGAGAGCUUGAAGGGCAAGAUCAGCCAGGAGGACAAGAAGAAGGUGGUGGACAAGUGCGAGGAGACCAUCAGCUGGCUGGAGAACAACCAGCUGGCUGAGAAAGACGAGUACCAACACCAGCAGAAAGAGCUGGAGAAGGUGUGCAACCCCAUCAUCAGCAGGUUGUACCAGGGAGGGAGGCCCACUGGGAGCUGCAGAGAGCAGGCAGGGGCCCACAGCCAGGGGCCCACUGUGGAGGAGGUGGACUGAAGGGCCACUGGAGGUUUAAUACUGUAAAAGUCAUAACUGUUUACCUUGUUCUGUUCAUGAGACUUGAAUAUAAUUUUGGUCUUUGCUCUUUUUUUCUGUUGCUUUAUGUUAAUAAACUGAUUGAAUUUCA